UGGUCGGACAUGACAGCAGGAAGGAGAGGAGGGUGUGUUCGUAGGGUAGGGGUGGCGCGGAGGGGCGGAGCGAAUCUCUCCACCGGGCGGUCUCAGUUGAAGAAAACGGGACAGAGGAGCAGAGAGAGGCGGACACAGGGAUUCUUUUCCCCGGGUGAUUGUACUGAAUUGCAACAGAGGACUUCAGGUGUCAGCAUGUCAGAAAAAGUCAGCGCUGAAGAGAUGGAGGAGAUCAGGGAGGGCUUCCAGAAAGUGGAUGUGGAUGGUAACGGCUACAUCUGCGCCGCUGAGCUUGGGGAACUCUUCCGGGAGGUGGGAUGCUCUCUGCCAGGAUACCAGGUCAGAGAACUGCUUCAGAAGCUCGACCGGGACAACGACAGCCGCAUCAGCCUCGAAGAGUUCACGGCUAUUUUCGGCGAUUUAAAGAACGACCGCAUGGCCAAGGGUUUCAGGAAGGCCCUGAACAAGAAAGAAGGCAUCCUGGCCAUCGGGGGCACCAGCGAGAUCUCUAGUGAAGGAACUCAGCAUUCAAUUUCUGAGCAGGAGCGCUACGCCUUCGCCAACUACAUCAACUCUUCUCUGGCGGAAGAUCCUGACUGUAAGCACGUCCUGCCCAUCAACCCCGAGACUGAAGCUCUGUUUAAAGCGGUGUCAGAUGGCGUCAUACUCUGUAAACUCAUCAACCUCUCUGUUUCUGACACCAUUGAUGAAAGAACCAUCAAUAAAAAGAAACUCACAGCGUUCACCACACAGGAGAAUCUGAACCUGGCUCUGAAUUCCGCCUCGGCCAUUGGCUGCCAAGUAGUGAACAUCGGAGCUCAGGAUCUGAAGGAGGGGAAACCUCACCUGGUGCUCGGACUGCUCUGGCAGAUUAUCAAGAUCGGACUGUUCGCUGAUAUAGAGCUGAGCCGCAACGAAGCUAUAGCGGCGCUGUUGGAGGAAGGGGAGAGUCUGGAGGACUUGAUGAAGCUCAGUCCUGAGGAGCUGCUGCUGCGCUGGGCCAAUUUCCACCUGAAGAAAGUCGGAAUGUCCAUAUCCAACUUUUCAGGAGAUAUCAAGGACUCCAAGGCGUACUUCCACCUGCUCGAGCAGAUCGCUCCAGACGGCACAAAAGAGGACGUUCCACGGAUUGAGAUCGACAUGAGUGGUGUUUAUGAGAAGGACCUCAGCAAGAGAGCAGACUGUAUGCUGAAACAGGCCGACCGCCUCGGCUGCAAACAGUUUGUAACGGCCACCGAUGUCGUUAGCGGGAACUCAAAGCUCAACAUGGCCUUUGUAGCCACGCUCUUCAACAAACACCCGGCUCUCACCAAACCAGAGAACCAGGAAUGGAACCUGGAGAGUGAGACCAGAGAGGAAAGAACCUUCAGGAACUGGAUGAACUCUCUGGGAGUGAAUCCUCAUGUUCACCAUAUCUAUGGGGAUCUGAUGGAUGCCAUGGUGAUCCUCCAGCUUUAUGAGAAGAUUAAGGUGCCAGUGGACUGGGACAGAGUCAAUAGGCCUCCUUUCAAGGGAGUAGGAGGAGGACAUUUAAAGAAGAGGGAGAACUGUGCCUAUGCUGUGGAGCUGGGAAAGACGAAGGCCGGUUUCUCUCUGGUGGGAAUUGGCGGACAGGACCUGUACGAUGGAAUUCCAACUCUAACUCUGGCUCUGGUGUGGCAGCUGAUGAGGAGGUACACGCUAAAUGUUCUGGAGGACCUGGGAGAAGGAGAUGUAGCGGGGGAUGAGUUGAUCAUUUCAUGGGUCAACAAGACGCUAGCUGAGGCUGGCAAGAGUUCCUCUAUCAAAAGCUUUAAGGAUAAAUCCAUCGGUACAAGUAUUCCGGUUCUGGACUUGAUUGAUGCCAUCCAGCCGUCCAGUGUGAACUUUGAACUGGUUCAUACGGGAACUCUGUCAGAGGAAGACCAACUCAACAACGCCAAGUAUGCCGUUUCCAUGGCGAGGAAGAUUGGAGCUAAAGUGUACGCCCUGCCUGACGACCUGGUGGAGGUCAACCAGAAAAUGGUGAUGACCAUCUUCGCCUGCCUGAUGGGGAGAGGCAUGAAGAGGGCAUAAAGGACACGCACACACACACACACACACACACACACACACACACACUGACUCUCUGCCUGUGUGACUGGAUUAGACAUGAAGAGAUGAGCUGUGUUGUUUAGUUGUUUUAAGCGAUUAUUCUGCAUAAGCCCAAAAAAAGUGUCACUUUUCUGCAUUCUGUUGUCAACAAUCAAUAAUGACACUUAAUAAAUAAAUAUUAGUGAUCAUGUGCUCAAAAGGAAUUUCAACUUUCAAAACGGUCCUAAAUUUAGCAGAAAAGUGAGACUUCUAUAACAGCCAACGGGUAAAUAUUAGUUUUAAAUGAAUCUCAGUGUCGGUUUUAUUGAUUAGCAGUGCCACAUUAAAGGACUACUCUACCAAUACUGCUCAUAGUUAGGAACAUAAGUGUGAAUGUGUUUGUCUAGACUGCGUCUGCCCAGUGCAUUGUGGGAGACACUCCUGCCCCCCUAUGACCCUGAAGAAAGGAAAUCCUGUCCAGGAAAUUUAGUUUCUGUUCUGUUAUAAAGGCUGUGUCACAUGGGGAUUUUAAGACAGUAACCACUUAGACCUCACAGCCAGGUAAAUUAUUUUCCUCCCAUUAAACAGUAUUUCUUUUACUGUACCGACAUGAAUAACAUUUCCUCGGCUGCAUUGCCUAGAGCUCCCCAUGUGUCACCACCUCACAAUCAUCCUGCUGUAUCUUCCAAUGUGCCAGCCAAACCACCAAAUGAGCAUUAAAGGUUCCUAAGCCAUAAAACGAUUCUUCACUGAAUACCUUUUGGCCUUUUUUUUUUUAUACGCUCAAAGCUGUGCAGGAUAAUAUGAUAUGCAUGUCUUCACACUGUUAGAUCUUUUACUCACCUUUCAACACUGAUCUAAUUAUGGGAUUUUAAUGGAACAAUUGUGCAAUGGAUGUAUAACAUGUCCCCUUUUUUAUGGUAAUUAAGGCCUGAAUUCAGUUUUUAUGGAUUAUCUUUUAAGAAAAACACAUUUAACUGCCCGGAACAUAAUGCCAUAGCUUCAUUUGAAUCUUUUGAAUCUUGGUGGAAAUAUCAUUUGGUGCAGAUAAUCCAUUACAAACCUAUUGACAUCAAAAUGUUACUCAUUGGAUUUACACAAAAUUAAUUUCAAGUCCAAUAAUAUAUAGCAACAUUCAGUGUAUUAUGACAAACAACAAAUCUGGGGGAAUUAAAUUGUUUUAAAAAAUGCAUGCUGACCCUUAAAAUUGCUUUAUUUACAUCUUUUAAAAAUUCUCUUACAUUAAACCACAACCCUAAAAAACCUUGAAUAGUAAUUAGUGAGAGUUUAUUUUAUACAUUUUGGACAUUGCAUUUCUUACUUGUCAAAGCUGCUACUGCUUUCGUAUGAACUCAAUAAGAGAUAACAGAAGAGAACAUCUGAAUUUGAAGAGCUGAUAAAAGUGAUCCAUGUUUAAACGUCAGGGAACAUGUAAACAGAUUUUUCUUCUUGAUUAAAUUUUCCAUUGUAAAAAUAUUAUCUGUCUUAAUGUCGCGGGUGAAUUUGUGGAUACUUUUCAAAUUGAUCCAGGUUUGUUGCUGCUUAUUCACAUUCCACUUUUGUUCUGUUUCUUUUGUUUUCUUGUACACAUGUUUUUAUUGGCGUUCUGGAAUGCCACAAAAACAUUGCUUCACAUGAUAGCAAUACUUCCAUAGCUCAGUGUGUUUGAUCGGAUCGAUUAUGUUCAAUAAAAUAAUUUUUCCAUA